GAAUUGAGUUCAUCCACAAGUGAAAGGCCACAAUAAGACGUGGAGAAGUAUCUCAGAUCCAAUCAAAUAACACUCUCUUCUCUUUAGAGAUCUAACCCGAAAAUAUGUCUUCUACUUUUAGCGGUGAUGAAACGGCUCCCUUUUUCGGCUUCCUCGGCGCUGCUGCGGCCUUAGUCUUCUCCUGUAUGGGAGCAGCUUAUGGUACAGCAAAGAGUGGAGUAGGGGUGGCAUCAAUGGGUGUGAUGAGGCCGGAGUUGGUGAUGAAGUCAAUUGUGCCAGUUGUUAUGGCUGGAGUUUUGGGUAUUUAUGGAUUGAUUAUAGCUGUGAUUAUUAGUACAGGGAUUAACCCCAAAACCAAGUCUUACUAUCUUUUUGAUGGAUAUGCUCACCUUUCCUCUGGUCUUGCUUGUGGUCUUGCUGGUCUUUCUGCUGGUAUGGCCAUUGGAAUCGUUGGUGACGCUGGUGUUAGAGCCAACGCACAACAGCCAAAGCUUUUUGUCGGAAUGAUUUUGAUUCUUAUUUUUGCUGAAGCCCUGGCUUUAUAUGGCCUUAUUGUCGGCAUCAUUCUCUCUUCUCGUGCUGGUCAGUCUAGAGCAGAGUAGAAGAAGAGCACGUUUCGCAACAUUACUGUGAAUUAUUUGUAUUCUUCGUGGAUGACCUAGUCUGUCUGCUCAAUUACAUUUCUUUUGUUCUUUGAGUUCCAAUAUUCUGUACUUGAUUGCUUUUGGCUAGAAGAUUGGUUCAUGUGUGCUGUUCUGCUGUAGAUCUCUAAAUAAAGAUCAGUUAAUCUGAUGCCCUGAUUUUCAAGGACAAUGGGCUUUUGUAAACCCAGUAUAUCAUUUUAUCUCCACUUCAAUUCAAUUUUUAAUUUACUUCAA